GCACGAGCGCAGAGAACACAGUGACACACACACACACACAGAAACAUACACACACACUCAAACGAACAGAGCACCGAGCGGAUCAACGCUGUCGCUUCAUGCCGCCUACACUGCAGCUGCUGGACCAAACACUAUAACCAUCUAAAACAGCAAACGAGGGAGAAAUUACAGAAAAUCAUACCAUGUACCAUAAGGGAGGUGUGGUGCUGACGCUCGUCGCUGCUUUGCAGGUGGUUUUGCAGGCUGCGGGGGAUAUGCCAUGCCAGCCAGCCUUCACCCAGCAAGAGUACAGCGUUGUCGUCAAUGACAUCAUUACCGAGGGACAGGCCCUGCUAAAAGUGAGCUUCAUGGACUGUGGCAGAGGUUCCAGUCUGCGCUUUGAGAGUGGUUACCCGGAGGACUUUCGGAUAGGAGAAGACGGCACGGUGUACGCCAAACGAACUCUGCGGGUAUCAGACAGGAAGGGAUGGAGCCUAGAGAUCCAUGCAAAAGAUAAGGUGACACAGGAGGUGUGGCUAACUCAAGUCAUCUUUGCACUACCAGACACACCUAAACAGGUGCCUGAGAUCGUGUUUCCAUGGCGCAGCGUUGUUGUCGGGGGCAACGGGAGUGUGAGCCGCGUGAAGAGAGACUGGGUCAUUCCUCCCAUCAAUGUCCCUGAAAACUCCCGAGGACAGUUCCCAGAGGAGCUUGUCAAAAUCCGUUCAGACAGAGAUAAGAUUAACACACUGCGCUAUAGUGUGACAGGACCAGGAGCUGAUCAGACUCCUACCGGCCUCUUUAUCAUCGACCCCAUCACAGGACAGCUGUCCGUCACUAAGCCCCUGGACCGAGAACAGAUUUCCAACUUCCAUCUGCGUGCUCAUGCUGUGGACAUUAACGGCAAUCAGAUGGAGAAUCCCAUUGAUAUUGUCAUCAAUGUCAUCGACAUGAACGACAACAGACCAGAGUUUUCCCAUCAGAUCUGGAAUGGCACGGUGGACGAGGGCGCCAAGCCAGGAACAUUUGUGAUGACGGUCACAGCACAAGAUAAGGAUGACCCCAACACAGCCAACGGCAUGCUGAGAUACAAGAUCCUCUCUCAGAGUCCUGAGACUCCCUCCACCAACAUGUUCACCAUCAAUAACAAGACGGGCAAAAUCAUCACUGUAGCCGCAGGCCUCGACAGAGAGAAAGUGUCCCAGUACACUCUGAUCAUCCAGGCCACUGAUAUGGAAGGAAAUCCGACAUAUGGCCUGUCCAACACUGCUACUGCUGUCAUACGCCUGCUUGACGUCAAUGACAACGCACCAGAGUUCACCAGAGAGACAUUCUACGGAGAGGUGCCGGAGAACCGUGUGAAUGUGAUUGUGUCUAAUCUGACAGUAACAGACAAAGACAAGCCAGGCACACCAGCCUGGAAUGCGGUGUAUCGCAUCACAUCCGGAGACCCGACUGGACGCUUCUCCAUCCCCACUGACCCCACCACCAAUGAGGGCCUUGUCACUGUGGUUAAGCCCAUAGACUAUGAGAUGACUCGUUCCUAUUUGUUAACCGUGGUAGCCGAGAAUGAAGUGGCACUGGCGGGAGGGAUCCAUCGCAGCCGCCAAUCGACAGCCACCAUUUCCAUACGCAUCAUCGACGUGAACGAGAGUCCCAACUUUGAGCCCAACCCCAAACAGAUCAAACUGGACGAGGGACUUCCUGCAGGGUCAAUGCUCACCACAUUUAUAGCUCACGACCCUGACAGACAUAUGCAGCAGAGUAUCAGAUACUCAAAGCUAUUUGACCCAGCUAACUGGCUGGAGAUUGACCCAAAUAACGGGCGAAUCUCCACCAUUGCCCUUCUUGACCGCGAAUCCCCGUACGUCAGAAACAACCUCUACAACGCCACCUUUAUGGCCUCUGAUAAUGGUAUUCCUCCUGCGAGUGGAACAGGCACACUGCAGAUCUACCUUAUGGAUAUUAAUGAUAACGCGCCACAUGUCUUUCCCCAAGAAACCGAGAUGUGUGAGAGACCCCAGCCCAACGCCAUCAACAUAACAGCUGUGGACGGAGACCUGAACCCCAAUGCCGGGCCAUUUGCUUUUGAGCUUGCCAACCGACCCUCUGACAUCCGCCGCAACUGGACACUCACCCGUCUCAAUGGCGACUAUGUCCAGUUGAGCCUGAAAAUCGGUUAUCUCCAGAGUGGGAUCUACGAGCUCCCCAUCAUCAUCACGGACUCUGGAAACCUUCCGAUGGCCAACACCUCACACUUGCGUGUGAAGGUGUGCCAGUGUGAUCACCAUGGAGACUGUGUGGACAUGGAGCGCAUCAUGGCUGCCGGUUUGGGUACUGGAGCCAUCAUUGCUAUCCUCAUCUGCAUCAUCAUCCUGCUGGUCCUGGUGCUGAUGUUCGUGAUGUGGAUGAAGAGGAGAGAUAAGGAGAGACAGGCGAAGCAGCUGCUGAUCGACCCAGAGGACGACGUGCGAGACAACAUCCUCAAAUACGACGAGGAAGGCGGAGGCGAGGAGGACCAGGAUUAUGAUCUGAGUCAACUGCAGCAGCCAGACACUCUGGAGCACGACCUGGUGAAGCCAGUUGGAAUCCGCCGGCUGGAUGAAAGACCGCUGCACCCAGAGCCCAACUACCCAAUUCGCUCUGCCGCCCCACACCCCGGAGACAUCGGAGACUUCAUCCACGAGGGUCUGAAGGCGGCCGAUACAGAUCCCACGGCACCUCCAUACGACUCUUUGCUGGUGUUCGACUACGAGGGCAGCGGCUCCACUGCCGGCUCACUCAGCUCACUGCACUCAUCCAGCUCUGGAGGCGAGCAGGACUACGAUUACCUCAAUGAAUGGGGACCACGGUUUCGCAAACUAGCCGACAUGUAUGGCGGAAACGACGACUAAAGCGUCCAGGUGUUACAGAAAAAAAUUUAAAUAGAAAAUAAAAAAAAAAAAGUGGCACUUUUUUUUAACUUGGGACACGGGACAGUGUGUAAAAUCUGAAAGAAGAGUAUUUCCCCCAUGAGAGAAUGAGACAGAGGGGAAAGAAGAUCAUGAUCACCAUGGCAACAUUACUGGCUCCUUCCAGGCUUUGUGCCAAAGCCAAAGAGCGCAGGGUGAUGGAAUCUGGACUCCAUCUCUGGAUCAGGCCAGUUUGUUGCCCGAGUUUGCAGGAUCGUUGGUGCAAACAAAAUGAACGCUGAAGGAAUGCUGAAAGAACAUUUAACCGAACGCUCAGUUACACUUGAAUCUCACAGUACAGAAGCACUGGGAUAUUACGUGCCUUUUUGUACAUUUUUUUUUUUGAUUGAUUGGUUUCCAUUCAUUGGCUUUAUUGGCUCUGUUUUGGAGUAGUUCUGUUGUGAGCCUGUUUAUAGAAUAUGGUUAUGCUUCAACACGCUUCUGUUUGUACAUCACAGCAUGGUGCUGUUAGAUGCCAUCACGCCUCGCCCCGAAGGAGAAAACUGAGAGAACAGCAUUGUACAGUUCACUAAAAAUUAGAUGUCAUGUUACAUGUUAUUAUUUCUUUUUUUUUUAUUAUUAUUUACAUUUUUUUUCACCAAAAGUUUAACUUAUGCAGCUGGUGCAAAAGGGGCAACCCUCAUCAUCAUUUGGUAGCGGAACUUUUUUGUUAGAAUAUGUACCUCAUUUUUUAUUAUUAUUAUUAUUAUUAUUAUUAUUAUUAUUAUUAUUAUUAUUAUUAUGUGGCAUCUUCUUUCGCAAAUAAAACUGUUAUUUUUGUUCCAUGUCCAUCUGCCUUAGUCAACCUAUGGUAUUCUUUCUUUUUUUUUACUGCACUGUAAAUUAAAUGGUGUGUACAUAGUUUUUUUUUCUCCUUUUUUUGUUGCUGUAGUCUAUGAGGAAGUACAAGGAGUAUGAAAGAGUUGUAUAUGUAUAAUUUGACUACAAACAAAAGGCUUUUUUUUGCAUGUUUUUAUCUUUUAUAAAAAGGUAUUUCCAAAAUUGAUUUACCCACAAAAAAAAAAAAAACAUGUCUACUACAUUGGAGUGAUACAGCACCAGCGAGGCAGCAGUCCUGAUAUCCUGAUACGUGUACAACCGUGUUCUCUGCCUGUUCAGGCUUUAUGUGCCAGCGUAAAUUAAUUAGAUGUAGGGUUAUUUUAAAUGUUUUUGGCUGACUUGCUCAAAAUUUUCUCAUUCCAGCAGUCCACUGAUUAUACAGAUUGGUGAAAUCUGGUGUUUUCUAUCAAAUGGCUUGAGUCAAAUUUUCAGAGAUUACUGCUGGAGUAAUAGAUGGAGAUGGAGACAUUUUGGGAAUCACUGCUGCUGUCUCUCCAUAAAAAAACUACAGAGAGAGAGAGAGUGUGUGUGUGUGUGUGUGUGUGUGUGUGUGUGUGUGUGUGUGUGUGUGUUGAUUACAAGCUGUAGUCACAGAAGGGCCAAGCAGUAUGGAGGUAAUUACCUGUCAAAAGUAAUUAAAACUAAAUGCAGUGCCAAAUUAGUUAUAUAUAUAUAUAUAUAUAUAUAUAUAUAUAUAUAUAUAUAUAUAUAUAUAUAUAUAUAUAUAUAUAUAUAUAUAUAUGAAUUGAAAGUCUACAGUAAAUUUUUGUAAAUCUAUAACUUGUACCAUUUAAGAAUCGGUUUUUUUUUUUGGUUUUUUUUCACAUGUAUUUUACGACCCAUUUCCUACAAUGUAUUAUUUUACAUUCAAAGCAUGUUUUGUUUCAGAUCCUGUCAGCUCUCUGGAGCUAUGCGCUUGGUUUAAAACAAUUCAUUUACAACCACACAAGUUUCAAAAGAUCACAUGCUUUAACAGCAUAACAAGCUUUUUUGCUUUUUUUUGUAAAUGAUUUCAUUAAUUAUAAUUUCAUAAUUGCAACAUAAUCACAAAACAGUUACAGGUUUAUAGAUGUGACUAUGGAUUUGUGUUUCAUCAUUGCAUUUAAAUACUAUUUGACAGGAAACUCCAUAGAGCCGCCCCAUUGUGUGUGUAGUUGCUCAACACACACUCAGGUGACUGACAGCAGGAAGUUGAUCAACAGCUGCUGAGUGAUUGGCAGCUAUGAAGAGUUCAGUGAGCUUGUUUACUGUUACUUGUUGAUGUUAUGACCCAUCGCUGCCCAUCUGGCCAAUAAAAGUUUAAUUUUUGGAAAUAGUGCCAGUCCUCUUGGCUUUUUUUUAAUUAGUGAGUUUGUGCUUUUAAUAUUUUUUUUUCAGCAUUUGCCUCUUAUUUUGUUUUAUUUUAUGUAAACACAGUGACAAUAUUAAGCUUGAGCAUAAAAAGGAAAAAUAAAACACAUUUCAUCCAA